CCCGGGAGGAGGCGCCGGUUGGCCGCAGUGCUGCUCAGAGCUUUAGGGAGGAGGCGGAGGCGCAGGCAGAGCCGGGGGGUCGCGCAGACUGAGGGGGACACGGAAAGAUCCCCCAGCCAGGGACAGACGGCGGCAGGGGGGAGAGAAGAAAGACCCGGAGGGCAAUAACAAGCGGCAGAGAGAGACACCCCUUCCUAUUGGUGCUUAUUUAUUUUAACCUUUUUUUUUGUUUUGUUUUUCUUAUUCAUUUUUCUUUAAAGCUUUUUUUUUUUUUUAAUUGUUUGGGAAAUUUUUAAGACGUUGAGCGGCGAAUUCACUUUUUUCUUAACAAACGAGGAAAAAACAAGAAAAUAAAGGGAGAUAAUAAAUUCCAGGAGUGCAAGAAAUCUUAUUCCAAUGAUGCCGUCCAAUGGCACCAUCCUCAACACCAGCAACCCCCCCGCGGAGACGGACGCGCCGACGCACAAGGGAGAUACAGCCACGGAAGAAAAUAAGAGCAAGGAGGAAAAGUCUGACAAGGGGGUGUCCAUGAAGAAAACGGGGCGUCCGGGGAGAAAGCGCAAGCACAGCAUGGCAGAAAGCGCUACUGUAUCCAAAGACAUCGCCUCAGUCCCUAAGUGCCACACGUCCCCAAACAGCACGCGCCCGGAUCCAAUUCACAAUGGAGAGAUGGAUUCCAGGCAACACAAGGCCAAAAGGCCCACCCAGGAUCGGCCAGCCCCAGAGCUCAGCCCGAGAGACACCAAGACCUGUGACUCCCCAGAGGAAGUGCCCAGAGACAGUGACGUAACCCCGGUGGUAGAAAAUGGCUGCUGUACGCCGAGCGAUGACAUUGAUCCUCAGGAUAUGGAGGACUGUGAUGUUUCAGUGAUCUCUACCCCCAAGAAAAGAGGCAGAAGAAGCCUGUCCAGCAGCUCCGAGCAGAGUAAAGAAGAGAGGGAAGAUGAUAACUCCGACUCCCCCAAAGAAGAGGCAAGUACCAGCCAAGGAAUACACCGCAACUCACACUGCAGGGGAUACCGAGGCCGGCUGCGCGGAGGAUUAAGCUGGGAGACGAGUCUGCGCCAGAGACCCAUGCAGAGGCUGCCCUUCCAGGCCGGGGACCCCUAUUACAUCAGCAAGAGGAAGCGAGACGAGUGGUUGGCCCGAUGGAAAAGGGAGGCUGAGAAGAAGCAGCAGCUGGCAGCCGUGAUCAACGCCAUGGAAGAAACGGUGUCACGGGAGCCUCAGAAGGAGGAGGAACCCUGUCCGCCGGCCUCCCAGCAGCCCACUGACCCUGCCUCACCCACGGUGGCCACCACCCCCGAGCCAGUCGCGCCUGAUGCCGUAGACAAAAAUACGUCCAAGUCUGCCGACGACGAGGCAGAGUAUGAGGAUGGUCGGGGCUUUGGCAUCGGAGAGUUGGUGUGGGGCAAGCUCCGUGGGUUCUCCUGGUGGCCCGGCCGCAUUGUAUCAUGGUGGAUGACAGGGAGGAGCCGCGCAGCAGAGGGGACACGUUGGGUCAUGUGGUUUGGGGACAGCAAGUUCUCCGUGGUUUGUGUGGAGAAACUACUGCCUCUCAGUUCAUUCGCCGGCACCUUCCAUCAGGCCACCUACAACAAGCAGCCCAUGUACCGCAAAGCCAUCUAUGAGGUUCUCCAGGUGGCCAGCACCCGCGCCAGAAAGGUUUUCCCAUCGUGUCCAGAGAACGAUGAGUCCGACACUUCCAAAGCAGUAGAAAUCCAGAACAAGCAGAUGAUUGAGUGGGCGCUGGGCGGCUUUCAACCCUCUGGACCCAAAGGCCUGGAACCUCCAGAAGAGGAGCGCAACCCAUACAAAGAAGUUUACACAGAAAUGUGGGUGGAGCCCGAAGCAGCUGCCUACACCCCUCCCCCUCCAGCAAAAAAACCUCGAAAAAGCACAGAAAAACCCAAGGUCAAGGAAAUCAUCGAUGAGCGCACACGAGAGAGACUGGUCUAUGAAGUGAGGCAAAAGUGCAGGAACAUUGAAGAUAUCUGUAUUUCCUGUGGCAGUUUGAAUGUUACCCUGGAACACCCCCUGUUUAUUGGGGGCAUGUGCCAAAACUGCAAGAACUGCUUUCUGGAGUGCGCGUACCAAUAUGAUGAUGACGGCUAUCAGUCCUACUGCACCAUAUGCUGUGGCGGGAGGGAGGUGCUAAUGUGUGGCAAUAAUAACUGCUGCAGGUGCUUUUGUGUAGAGUGUGUAGACUUGCUCGUGGGACCCGGAGCAGCCCAGGCAGCUAUUAAAGAGGAUCCAUGGAACUGCUAUAUGUGCGGACACAAGGGGAUCUACGGGCUGCUAAAGAGACGCGAUGACUGGCCCUCGCGGCUUCAGCUUUUCUUUGCCAAUAACCACGACCAAGAAUUUGACCCACCAAAGCUUUAUCCGCCUAUAGCAGCUGAAAAGCGGAAGCCUAUCCGAGUACUGUCUCUGUUCGAUGGCAUUGCAACAGGUCUAUUGGUGCUAAAGGAUCUUGGGAUCCAUAUAGAACGUUACAUUGCCUCAGAGGUGUGUGAAGAUUCCAUCACUGUGGGUAUGGUGCGACAUCAGGGAAAGAUCAUGUACGUGGGGGACGUGCGCAAUAUCACCCGUAAGCAUAUUCAGGAAUGGGGCCCUUUUGACCUAGUUAUUGGGGGAAGUCCUUGUAAUGAUCUUUCCAUCGUGAACCCAGCACGGAAAGGUCUGUUCGAAGGCACCGGGAGACUCUUUUUUGAGUUCUAUCGUUUACUUCAUGAAGCCCGACCUAAGGAAGGAGACAACCGGCCGUUCUUCUGGCUCUUUGAAAACGUGGUGGCCAUGGGCGUUAGUGACAAAAGGGACAUCUCACGCUUCCUAGAGUCCAACCCAGUGAUGAUUGAUGCGAGGGAGGUGUCGGCAGCCCACAGAGCUCGUUACUUCUGGGGUAAUCUUCCCGGUAUGAACAGGCCUCUGGUUUCUACAAUAAAUGAUAGGCUGGAAUUACAAGACUGUUUGGAACACGGCAGGUUAGCGAAGUUUAGCAAGGUCCGUACCAUCACCACUAGGUCAAACUCCAUCAAACAGGGCAAGGACCAGCAUUUCCCUGUGUACAUGAACGAGAAGGAAGACAUUCUCUGGUGCACUGAGAUGGAAAGGGUUUUCGGCUUCCCAGUCCACUACACUGACGUUUCCAACAUGAGCCGCUUGGCCAGGCAAAGGCUUCUGGGAAGAUCCUGGAGUGUACCAGUCAUCCGUCACCUCUUUGCCCCGCUUAAGGAAUUCUAUGCCUGUGUUUAACACAUUAGGCCCAGGGACCUGAGGCUGAUCCCCAUCUUCUCAACAACCCCCCGAUCCUGCAAGAGCCUCACUCCAUCUUCCCCUUCACCCAAUCCUCCGGGGGGGGGAAGAAAGAAGCGAAACGCGUAGGAAAGAGAUCUCAGUGAACCCGCGGUGGCAGAGAACCAGCAGCUGUCAGGAGAUCGGGGGCAUCUGAGACCUGAGCAGACAAUUUUACGUAAUUCCCUGUUCAAUGUUACACUUUUAUUCUCUUUUACACUUGUCCACAUUUCUCAUUUUAUUUUCAUUUUUUUUUUUGUAGUUUUUAUCUGAUAUUUUAUAGGGGGAAGAUGGGGGGGCAUUUUAACCCCUCCUGCCCUAGGUUUUAGCAAAUUAAUGCAGUGCCGCUGGUCUUUAUGAAGACGUCUUUACAAACGGAGCAGGCCCAUUGGGUUGUAGUGGGUUUAUUUUUUGUCCGUUGUUGAGGUCAUUGUGUCCUGGUGCUGAAGGGUUAAAUGUUGACGUUUAGUGUUUGGUAUCUUGUUAUAUGCCUUAGUCACGUGACUGCCAGAGGAAGUGGCGCCAUGUUGCGGGAACCUCCCAUAAAAAUACCGCAGACGUGGCAAAUAUUCAGUGAUUGCAGCACAAGGGAGGAAAAGGAUGGGAAAGUAUCUAUAUCUCUACACAUGUUUCCUUUCAGGGUGACUGUUUGGCGCCAUCAUGGUGAGACCAGCGUUUGCUGGGCGGUGUUUCUCCGUAGGCCUUCAGGGACCACCUCUUCUGGAAGGCGACUCUCGGAGAUGCACUGCUUAGCAAACAGGGUGCUGCUUUUAUAUCGUAUCGUCUUCUGCAUCUUGUCUUUUAGAUUUUAUUCCUCAUCUUCCUUGAAGUGAUCAUUGCAGAUGAAACAUUCUAUAUAGAUUUUACCAGAUGCCAGCUUUCAGAAUUUUAUGAGACCGGGAAAAAAAAAAAAAAAGAUAAGAAAAUAGAUGGUGAAAUAAUACACGUUUAUUUUCUUUUCAGUAUUUCAGGCGCCUUGUGCAAAAAAGGAGCCUGAAUCAAGCAGCUCACAGACAGCUUGGACCUCUCAACACUGUUUACACUGUUUGUGAUAAUUACCAAUACGCAGGUUUCUAAGUGUCUGCAUGAUACUUCAGGUAUGCUGUUAAUAUUGGCCCCCAUGGCCAUUCCCAAUCAUCUGAGAAACAAAUAUUGGCUCCCAUGGCCAUUCCCAAUCUCCUGAGAUACAAAUAUUGGCUCCCAUGGCCGUUCCCAAUCUCCUGAGAUACAAAUAUUGGCUCCCAUGGCCGUUCCCAAUCUCCUGAGAAACAAAUAUUGGCUCCCAUGGCCAUUCCCAAUCUCCUGAGAUACAAAUAUUGGCUCCCAUGGCCGUUCCCAAUCUCCUGAGAAACAAAUAUUGGCUCCCAUGGCCAUUCCCAAUCUCCUGAGAUACAAAUAUUGGCUCCCAUGGCCAUUCCCAAUCAUCUGAGAAACAAACAUUGGCUCCCAUGGCCGUUCCCAAUCUCCCAAGAAACAAAUAUUGGCUCCCAUGGCCAUUCCCAAUCUCCUGAGAAACAAAUAUUGGCCCCCAUGGCCAUUCCCAAUCUCCUGAGAUACAAAUAUUGGCUCUCAUGGCCAUUCCCAAUCUCCUGAGAUACAAAUAUUGGCUCCCAUGGCCGUUCCCAAUCUCCUGAGAUACAAAUAUUGGCUCCCAUGGCCAUUCCCAAUCAUCUGAGAAACAAACAUUGACUCCCAUGGCCGUUCCCAAUCUUCUGAGAAACAAAUAUUGGCUCCCAUGGCCAUUCCCAAUCUUCUGAGAAACAAAUAUUGGCUCCCAUGGCCAUUCCCAAUCUCCUGAUUGAGGAAUAUGGAGCUUGGGUGGUAAGUAGAGAUAUUGGUGAGCUUUAGGUGCUGUUAAAUCUCUAAUGCUGCCAUGUUGAUUUUGUAAAGCCACCAGUAUCUCUCUGUAUGACAGAGGCCAUGAGAUUGUGGGAAUAGUAACAUGGUGCUUAUGGUAUAUGUUUAACAUGGGGCAUACAGAUGAUGCAUACCCUUAGAAAGUUGACGUAUUUGUGUAUUGGUACUAAUUACUGCUGUACAACAACUUCAUAUGGUGCUUACCAACAACGGGAUGAUUAAAAACAUCAGCUGCCACGUUGCCUUAUGGGCUGUGCAAAAAGACCAGAUCUGUUGUGUUCACGGGAUAUCUUGAGCUUCCUGUGGUUAUCGAGUGAUCACAUCGUUCCACGCCGUGAUCAGGUGCUUAUUUUUAUAAGAACUGUGCCUACAAACACUUGGUGGCUAACCCUACCAGUCAGUCCAUUAGACUGAAUGGCGAUUGUGUCGAAGCUUUUCCUAAACAUUCUUUACCCCUGUAUUCAGGAGCCUCUAGGUAAUCCACCCUAACCUACCAUCCCGAAGACUGAUGAGAGCUAAUCUCUCCUAGUGCCUUAUUGCACCAAGGCAGUCACUUCCGAAGGGUGAAUGUGUGUCUGGGCUUGUAGAGUAGGCAUCUUGGCAAAGGCCAAAAACAAGAUUCUGCCAAGUAAUAAGAAUAAGUGAGCCAACUGGCAGAAACCUGAGGAUACAAGGGAGGAUCUAAUGCUUGGGGUGUAGGAAUAUAACUAAUAUAACGCCAAUGCAGAGUUGUCUGGUCUACAGGAAAGCCACAGGUUGGGUGGAGAUCCAAGAGUUAGGAGGUUGCCCCAUAAACUUCCCCCAGCUGCCAUUAGUUUCAUUAAGAGGGUAAUUGGUGUUAUUCUCCACUCAUAGUUGGAGGGGUUACAGUUCUAUACAUUCACGGGCCCGGAGCAGAGCAGCAUCAGAUGAUUUUAUAGCAAUUCAACAUUAAUGGCGGAGAGAGAUGGUCGGCGAUGAGGCAUCGCAAUCUACUAACUUCCCAUUCGUCCAUAACUACAAACUGGUGCUAUUAAUGGGCCCUUUUCUGGCCCGUAACCAUCACAUGUUGUGAGCGCCGUGUCGCGGCCAUCUCACGUCUUUUAUUUUAUUCCAGACCCCAGAAAGUGUCUAUUUGUGGUGCCUUAUUGCCAACCUACAUGUAACAUUUCCGUAUCCGGCACCACUGUACAUUCCUUUGACCCACAGUGUCUCCCUGGGUUCGGCGGGACCGCUGGGCUCCCUGAGACUUUGCGCUUGGGCACGUUGAUGUGUAUAUCAUCGAUAGACCUGAUCAUUACAUGCUGGGCCUGAGCGGCACGUCUCCUAUGCAAUAAGAGCAGCACAUAUGCCUAUCGGUCCAUUUACGCUAGAGACCAUUCCCUGCUUUAACUGCUCCUCUGUGAUGGGCUUGGCAAAUACCCCAGCGACGGUGUAUCUGCCCCGCUGAGAGAAUGUGCAAUAACCACAAUGACCUCUAUAUAUUUGGAUUGUGUUUUUCCCCCCCACCUCCCAAGAUGCCCUUGGUCAUGAUCCUGUAUAUUAACAAUGCUGGUGCUUAUGGUGUUGGCUCAUCCAGCCUUCACGCUCACAAUUACUGUAUUACUGGGGUCGGCGACCCCAUUGUGUGCUAAACCAACCAGGCUUCUUCACAUAGGUCAAUGCAAGUCUAGGACAGCCUCGUGCACCUCCCCAGCCUCCAACGGGAGGACCAGCGAUGUUUUUAGUCAUCCCUAACAUACAACCAAUAUAUAAGCUGCGAUUUUUAUACUUGUACCGGGGAUUGGCAAACCCAGUCUCUCCAGUCCCUCUAUCACUAGAGGUUCGGUUACUCAAUUCAGCAAAACUGGGUUUUUUAGUAAGUGGAGCCGAGGGUUCCGUUCCAUUCCAGGCCAUUUCAGAAGGAGUAGCGCGGAACCCUUGCCCCUUGUACUGUUCUAGAGUACAGGACGGUAUGAGCGCCGCCAGUUGCAGGCCGACGCGCCGUCACCGAUCUCUCUGUUAUUCUUGGUGGUUCUGCUUUUGGGAAUCUUGUUUUUUUUGUUUUUUAUAAAAAAAACCUCUUGUGUUGUAAAGGGGGGUGGGUGGGGCAUGACAUAAACCCCGCCCCCCUUCUGUUUCCUCCUUUGUAUAUGAUGUGAACAUUUUUAUUUUGUGUGUCUGAGUUACUUGACUAAGGUUUGGCUGUGUCGCUCGGUGAGACCGCAAAGCAAAUACAGCCCGUUAUAACGACUGUACAUCUUCCAACGUCUUUUGUAACAUCGCGCUCUCCUUCCAGUCGCAACUGUGAUUCUAGCGAAAGAGGAAAAAUACUAUUUUUUUCCCCCGGUAGUUUUGUAACGUUCUCGUAGCAGCGACUCGCUGACGUGGGGAAAUAGAUAAAUCUACAGAUCCUUCCAUCCAGCGAAGCUCCUUUGGCUGGAAAUGUGGAUUUGCAGUGGCCCCUCGGUGCCGUGGCCAAGGGGCGGCGCUGGGAAGGGGGAGCACUGUAAUACAGGUUUUGCUUCCACAUUUUCAACCAGAAAUAAAUCUUUUUGUUUUUUUUGUUUGUGUUUUCAAGGCCUCUGAAUUUCAGAGCUAAAAUCUGCACUGGAACAUCCGUAUCUGCCGAAAAAAUUGAUAUUAUUGCCCAAGAAUUCAACUUUGAUGUCUUUUUGUUUUAAUGUUUGCUCUGCUUGUUCUUUUGAUAAAUUUGGUGCAAAUUUUUUUCAAGCUCAGACAAUUUCCAGGCAAAUGUAUUGAACCCUGUAGCUUUGUCCCAGCAUGCCUUUCAGAACUAGAUAGAAGGUCUGGAACUGGGGGUAGUAAAGGUUUCUGCCUAGGGCACAUGACCAUUGGGGGCACAUGACCAUUGGGGGGCACACUCUAUGAGUAAUGCCUCAUUGAUUCACAUUGCAUUUUCAGCAACUCACGCCAUCAUGGCUCUCAUACUGAACUCCUGCUCGGCUCCCACACGUAGCAAUGAGUGAAGCUUGGGCAGUGGGUGGGAGUUGGGGGCCAUGGGGUGGCCGACUUGUCUAUGGUUCCAAACACCAAGUUUCCUGCCUCUGUUCUACUCUAUCAGACCACUAGUAGCCAAGCGAUGGCCUCUUAGACAGUCAGUAUGGCCAUCACUAGAACACAAACCCACAAGUCAGAACCAGUUGUAUAGGGAACCCAAGUGUGAAAACUGCUUAAAGAUAUUACUAACUAAAGUCACUUCUGGUCUUUUUUAUUCCAGAAUUGUAUUAAAUGAUUUAUCAACCUAAUAGGCUAGACUGCUAGAAUAACAGAAUAGAUUGCUAGAAUAACUGAAUGGAUUGCUAGAAUAACAGAAUAGAUUGCUAGAAUGACAGAAUGGAUUGCUAGAAUGACAGAAUGGAUAUUGCUAAAAUGACAGAAUGGAUAUUGCUAAAAUGACAGAAUGGAUUGCUAGAAUGACAGAACGGAUAUUGCUAGAAUGACAGAAUGGAUUGCUAGUAUGACAGAAUGGAUAUUGCUAAAAUGACAGAAUGGAUUGCUAGAAUGACAGACAGGAGACUGUAGACACCCAGAAAUGGCCAUAUGUUUAUUCACCAAGGUUCCAGAAACGAUGGGCAAUGCAUUACUCACAUAACAUUGUGAUCAUUUCAUGUAACUGUUUAGCCACAUCCAUCAACAGAUCUUCUAUUUGCAGCAGUUCCAGCUUUGCUGGCAUUUGGCAAGUUGGCCCUCCCUUUCUUUCCUGCUGAAAGGGCCCAAACCAAGGUAGGAAGCACGGAAUUGUUGCGUUAAGGUUUAUUUUAGUGGAACCAGGGGCCCUAGGUUAAACCAUAAAAGCCAACACCAGACCAUUAUCCCUCCAGUAAACCCAACACUAAGUUUGCUCCUUGCCAGAGCAAGAACACAGGAGCACCCCAGGGAAAAACAGGAGCACCCCAGGCAAAAACGAGCACCCCAGGGAAAAACAGGAGCACCCUAGGCAAAAACGAGCACCCCAGGGAAAAACAGGAGCACCCCAGGCAAAAACGAGCACCCCAGAGAAAAACAGGAGCACUCCAGGGAAAAACAGGAGCACCCCAGGCAAAAACGAGCACCCCAGGGAAAACAGGAGCACCCCAGGCAAAAACGAGCACCCCAGGGAAAAACAGGAGCACCCCAGGCAAAAACGAGCACCCCAGGGAAAAACAGGAGCACCCCAGGCAAAAACGAGCACCCCAGAGAAAAACAGGAGCACUCCAGGGAAAAACAGGAGCACCCCAGGCAAAAACGAGCACCCCAGGGAAAAACAGGAGCACCCCAGGCAAAAACGAGCACCCCAGGGAAAAACAGGAGCACCCCAGGCAAAAACGGAAGCACCCCAGGUGCUAAACAGAGCAAUGUUUUCAGAGAUUUUUUUAUAUGAUAAAUAAAACUUUGACAUUUUUCAUAUCUCCCAUUGUUAACUCUGCCUUGUUAGACUGGGAUCGGCCACUAUUCCAUCACUCAGUCCCAUAUAAACUACUUUAGGCCCCUCCCCCUUCUACAUAAGGCGUUACUUCAUAUAAAGAUAGAUUUGAGGAACAUCCCAUAUAACUUCUCAUAGGCCAAACCUACUUACCCAUCAUGCUAUGUGUAUGUGUCACAUGAUAUCACUAAAUACAUGAUUGAAAGUCUUAUUUCCUAGCAGAAGUUGCCCCACUGCCUCUCUCAACCAUAAAGCCACCAUUCCCAUCCGACAUUUAGUAAGGGUCCUACAAUCAGUUUUCCCUAAUGAAUAAGUUGCAGGCAAAGGUUCUUCCUGUUUGAUUGAACUCAAUCCAGAUUAAACACUGACCGGAAGUAGUUUAUUUUUCUUCUCUUGGUUGAAAUUUUAUUUGAAAGGUCUUAAGCCAGUAAGCACCUACAGCAACCCAGAGCUACUGUGAAGGUCCAAUUAAUGCAGGCAGAGGGUGGACCACAAUAAGACAUGGAGAGUAAUAUCUUGUACGCCCUAUGGAUUUUGAUCCUAAUGCUAGGUAAGCUCCUUAUGGAAACUUCUUUCUUCUAGGACACCCAGUGGACAGAUAGGGACUCUAGUGGGAGCUCCUUUGGCUGUCAUUACCUUGUUAGAUGUUCUUGAUGGCUGCUGGGAGUUGUAGUUGAAGAAUAGGUGCGGGGCCAUAGGUUAGAUCUCCACAAAACAUCUAUUGCUCCACCACUAAAGAUGGCUCUGGAAGCCUAGGGUGGCUCCAUGGCCAGUUCUAUAUAUCCCAAGCUUGUGUUUAUUGAUUUAGGUUUGGGAUGAUGGUGGAAAAGAAUUGGGGCAGUGGAACCACAACUGAUUCUGUAUGACCCAAUGUGGAUAACCCCAAAUAUGCACUUCCCUGUGCCACUUGUUGGAUGGCCAGAACUGUAAACACCUUGACUACUAAAUAGGUCUUGUCCUCCACCCAUUUCCACGUAGGAGCCUUCCAUGGGGGUUCCAUUAGGAUGACUUUCUGAUGGUUCUGACUGGAAUUUACACAACUGCUCUCUACACUAGUGACCACAAGCCCUUGGUGCAAGCACACAAGAAGUAAGAAAAGGUGAGGGGUGGUGGCAACAAUCUAUAAACUCUUCCUCAGCAAUGUAGACAACCAAAACAUAAAAUACACCCACAUACCUCCAAGAAGGGUCUGUGUUCUAGAGUUUUCUUAUGUUCUAGGUACACCACAAACCUAGGCUACUGUGGCAAAAUACACAACCUUCCUUAUAGGUAAAGCUAGGGAGAUCAGACAUGUAGAACCUGAGCUCCCAUUGGCUGAAGCAAAAAUAAGCACCAGAUUUAUCGAGCGGAACACCCAGCGCCGUCUCUGUUGAGCACAUACGGAUGUUUUUUGGCUUCAUUACAGCCUUGGGAAAGCCUUCACCCUCUUUAUCCUGCAGAUAUAUUUUUUAUACAAAGAAUAUAAACUGUGCACAAAUGGUUUAGCUGGGCGUCUAACAAACAUGGCAACCGCCCCGGUGACUCUGUCCCGCUUGGGAACUGGGUUUCACCAGGGGAACCUGGCUUAACUCUGGACGCUCUGAUGGUGCUAUCGACCCAGAAUCGGGGUCUGCGUGUCCAGAAAUCCAAUAUAUUUUCUCAACGCAGAGAAUUUCACUAAGUUUUACAUUUCUCUUGAACUAAAUGUACUGUAUGACUCCAUGUUUGUGCAGCGAGACAGCUGGCUAAUAAAAUUCUCCCCACUGUCUUCAUGUCUUUCUAACUCAAAAGAAUGUCCGGGAAACAUGGAGGUCUUUAUGGGAUCUCCUAUCUACGGCCUAGCAGAAGGUCCGUAGGGCAAUGCACCAAAGGGACGGGGCAACAAGCCGCUAUGGUUUGAACCCAUGUAAAGGGAGAGCUCCAUUGCACUUCCCUGAAUGAUCUGUAGACAUGCUCCAGUUUGUGACACAUCACAAGGGGGUAUCUGCCUACCUGAACCCCCUGGUUAGUAUGUUGUUGCCUGAGACAGAGACCCCCAACCUAGGUUCUUGUAUGUACUGAAUAAAAAAACAAGCAUAUUAUGAUUAGUGAGAGAUAGCCUCAGCAGCUGGGUCUCUCUUCUCUGCAUUCUCCAUCCAUAGACUCCAUUGGGUCAGAUUCAGACCCUAAAGGACCAGUAACAACAUUAAGUGACAUUUAUUUAUACUUUUAUUAAUACGUUUGUAUGGGUUGAUCCAGCACCUCCAAAUGACUUCUUGGCAAGAAAUAAUAUUUAUAUAAACCACAGAAGUACAGCAGGGUAACAGUAUAUUAUAAAACCCCUUUAGAUGAAGUCUAUGGGGCCAAUCUGCCCCAAGGCAAUGUACAUUAUCUGGAGGCGCAAUAUAAGAAUGCUGAGAGGGCUGAUUUCACUCCCCUCCGGAGCAUUUUCAGCAAUACCUUUUUUUUCCCCCAAAGUGAUCCAAAGUUUUGUUUUCAAUGCAUGCUCCGCCUAGUGGCAGAAUGGGGAAUCUGUAGGUAAGUAUUCAAUUACGGGUUGGGUUAUUUACAGAAAUGAAUUAUAGUAAGGGUACAAAGAAAAAUAAUCUGGCAAAAAAACUAUAGUUAUUCUGAAGUACAAUUGUGUGUAUGUAGAUGCAAUAAUGCUACACAUUGUCACAUGACCCAGUGUAGAGGAGACCAGUGGCUCCAUGCCUCAUGUAUAACAAUCAUUAGAUCUAUGAUCUUCUAAUCUAAUGCCUAAAAAAUGCCUACCGUGGCUUUAUCUGCCCUGUAGAGAGAGGUCUGUGUCAUUGGGGCUUUCCCAUUGACUAUCUAGACCAUUGAUCCCCAACCAGUGGCUCUUGAGCAACAUGUUACUCCUCACCCCCUUUAAUGUUGCUCCUAGUGGCCUCAAAGUAGGUGCCCAUUACAUUUCUAGCUUGGAGGCAGUUUUACUCUGAGCCAAGCCUCCUGCAGGCUAACAGUCCACAUGGGGCUACCAUUCACAUACCUUAUUUUUCAUCCCCAAAGAACUUUUUUCAUGCUUGUGUGGCUCACCAACAUAUUUUACUCAAGAGCGUGGCUCAUGAGUAAAAAAGGUUGGGGAUCCCUGCCAUUGGGGCUAUACCAUUGACUAUGCAGAUCAUGCCAUUGACUAUCUAGAGUUCGUCAUGAGGUUGGACCUCUCCCAUUGACUAUCUAGACCAUUCCAUUGGUGCUCUACCAUUGACUAUCCAGAUUAUGCCAUUGGGGCUCUUCCAUUAACUAUCUAGAGUACAUCAUGAGGUUGAAACUCUCCCAUUGACUAUCUAGACCAUUCCAUUGGUGCUUUACCAUUGACUAUACAGACCAUGCCAUCAAGACUCUCACAUUGACUAUCUAGACAAUGCCAUUGGGGCUCUCCCAUUGACUGUCCAGACCAUACCACUGGGACUCUCCCAUUGACUGUUCAUACUAUGUCAUUUGGUUUCUCUCAUUGACUGUCUAGACCAUGCCAUUGGGGCUCUCCCAUUGACUGUCUAGACCAUGUCAUUGGGGCUCUCCUGUUGACUAUCCAGACAAUGUCUCUGGGGCUAUCCCAUUGACUAUCCACACCAUGCCAUUUGGGCUCUACCAUUGACUGCCUAGACCAUGUCACUGGGGCUGUCCCAUUGACUAUACAGACCAUGCCAUUGGGUCUCUCCCAUUGACUAUACAGACCAUGCCAUUGGAACUCUCCCAUGAACUGUCUAGACCAUGUCACUGGGGCUCUCCCGUUGAUUAUCCAGAUCAUGUCACUGGGGCUCUCCCGUUGAUUAUCCAGAUCAUGUCACUGAGGCUCUCCCAUUGACUAUCCACACCAUGUCAUUUGGGCUCUCCCAUUGACUGUCUAGACUAUGCCAUUGGGACUCUCCCAUUGACUAUACAGACCAUGCCAUUGGGGCUCUCCCAUUGACUGUCUAGGCCAUGCCAUUGGGUUCUCCCAUUGACUAUCCAGACCAUGCCACUUGGGCUCAACCAUUGACUGCCCACACCAUGCCUCUGGAGCUUGGGAAAUUUAGCCCUGUGGCUAUGUUAGUGAAGAUCAAGAUGGCGACAGUAGGGCAGGUUGGCAAAGGCUGUUGGGGUUGCUAAAGGGCCACCCUACUGAUGUUUUAGAGACUGGAGCAUCUCUACACUUGCAUUUUUAAAGGCAAAGUUCAAAAUAAAUGUUAAUCUGAAGGUCUGGAGCUGCGGGCACCCAUGCCCCCCAGGACCCCCGACCUUCCUGCAGAAUACACCUUAGUAAAUAUGGGUGUAACAUAGGAGAUCCGGACACGAAAUAAAAUUCUGCAUAAAAUUUCUUCACCUCUAACGUUAAUUCUCAUCCUUACAAAGGUGCUGAGAUUUUAUAUUUUUACUGAAAUUGUUUUUUUGUUUUUUUUCAAAUGUUUCUUGUUAUUUUGGCGCCGCCCUGAGUGAAACUGAAACCAGAAAAUAUAUAAAAACGAAAAAAAAUAAAAAAAAAACAAAGCCUGAAUUCCUUAAAAACGAGAAGAAGGUGGGAGGCGGUUUAAAACAAAAAGGUGCUAAGCGUUUUAUGAAAAAAAAAUAUAUAUUGUUAAAUUAAAUCAAAUCUUUGGUCGACGACUGUUUUUUUUUUUUUUUUUUUUUCUUUUCGUUGGAUUCUCGGUUGUUUGGUUAUUUCUCCGCGCGCCGACGGGAGAACCUUGUUUUACUCUUCUAUAUUAUUAUUACGAAAACAAAUGAGUAAAAAAAAAAAAAAAAAAAAAAAAAGGCAUUUUAACUUUGUACUUGAAAUAAAUAACGGAAAAAAAAAACAAAAAAGAAAAAAAAAAAGGCAAAAAGAAGAUUUCCUGUGUUUUAGCCUAGCGUUGAACUAGUGGGUGCUUUAACUCUUUGUGACAAUGACGUAUAUGAAAUGACAAUGAAUCUAUGUAGAGAAUUCCAUCGCUGUUUGACAAUUGUAUCCAAUGGUUUUCUCCAUGUUAAACUUUUUGUUUUUUAUUUUUUGUUUUUAUUAAAUACCCCACAUUCCGCGCACAGGAACCCUUGGAUCUUCAUUUGGUUAUUGCACCAUGACGAGUCCUUCUUUUAUGCCUGUUUUCCCUUGAAUUAUUGUGCAACCGAUCACCUCCUUUUAAGUUAUUGCGUAUUGCUUUGUGUUUUUGGGGGUUCAAGGGAAUUCUGACCAUGGAAGUCUCUCAGAAAUAGCAGCUUUCAGGGCUAUAAUGUUCCUCCGCUGGUAAUAACACCCGAGGCACCCACUUACCAAAUCCACUUUUUGCACCAAAUUAUCCACAGAGGAUUCGGAUGAAUCGCAAAUAAAUUCUGAAUCCUAAUUUGCAUAUGCAAAUAAACAAAAACCGUGGGGGAAUUUUUGUAGUCACAUGGUCUAAAAAAAACAAAAAAACUUUUUUGAUUGUCCAAAAUCCACCAACUUUUUGGGGGGAAUUUCUGUAGUCACAUGGUCUAAAGUCAAGUCAUUUUAGGGGUUCGGAUUCAGUUUGGCCAGGCACGUAGAUGUGGUCAAAUGUAGCAGUACAUUAAGAGGACCAUUUAUCAACAUUUGGAUUUUUGGGGUUUUAUAAUUUUUUGAAACCACGACUAUAAUCAUUUCCAUGAAUUUCAGCCAUUGAAUAAAAGAUCGGAACUGGAAAAGCACGGAAAAAAAAGUCCUGGAAAAACAUAAACCAAAACUUUUUCAGUUUGUUGCACGAAAACCAUCAACUUUUUCGUGUUGUUGGACGAAACCCGGUGUCAAAAACACCCAAAAACCAGAGGAUUCGGAUGAAUCUCAAAUAAAUUCUCAAUCCUAAUUUGAAUAUGCAAAUAAACAAAACCCAUGGGGGAAUUUCUGUAGUCACAUGGUCUAAAGUCAAGUCAUUUUAGGGGUUCGGAUUCGGUUUGGCCAGGCACUUGGAUGUGGUCAAAUGUAGCAGUACAUUAAGAAGCCCAUUUAUCAACAUUUGGAUUUUCGGGUUUUUAUAAUUUUUUGAAACCACGACUAUAAUCAUUUCCUGAAUUUCAGCCAUUGAAUAAAAGAUCGGAACUGAAAAAACACGAACAAAAAAAAGUCGCAGAAAAACAUAAAACCGAAACUUUUUUGAUUUGUCGGGCGAAAACCACCAACUUUUUCAAAAACACCCAAAAACCUCUAAAACCACAAAGUAAAGCAAGAUCUUCCAUGACUUCUACAUGGUCUCAACAGGUUUUAGACGGGGUAUUUUCCCAUUGGGAUUUGUCGUGGUUUUGUCACACAAUACAUCACGAAAAAAUUAUGGGGUUUUUUUUGGCAUAAAAAAAACCUGAACCGAAAAAAUGGAACAUAAGUAAAUGACCCCCUAAAUGUUAAAUGUUUUUUUUCGAUAUAGGCACUUAUGGGCCACCCCCUAAAGAUCCCGCCCACAGCACAGGCCCUGGGGUGCCUAUAAAGAAAGUAGAGCCCUGGCUGGUGUACAUCACACAAUAACCCCCAUGAUCUCUGUCAUUGAUUCAAAUGAAAUGGAACAUUUUCAGGCUAAAAAUCACCCAUCACGAGGGGUGACAGUCAGUUUCCAUUAAUAUCAAGGGCAGGAGUCAUGGGAGGCAGAUAGGGUGUAUCUUCUCCAGCUAAUAUAUUGGAAAUACUACCUGCACCCAAUGCCUUAAUCAUGUCCAUUUUUGUCAAAACCUGAGCAGACCGUAUUUCCUAACUAAAGACAAUAAAACUGCCCUUCAGCAGGGUGGGUUGGUUCAAGGGCUCUUUUUUGAAGAUGAUUGAUUUCUAAUUGGACUUCCAUGGUCAGAAGAUCUUGUUCUCAACCAUUUGGUGCACAAAUGACACUGGCUGUGAGCCACUGGGGCACAGCAAGUACUGUAUUUGUAGUGAUGUUCAGGAAUGUCGUCGAUGUAUCGUUACCCCUUGGGUCGGGAUGUACUCAGUCCUUAAUUUUAGGAUUUCUCUGGCUACAGAGUCCACCCCCCAGUGGCCCUCACUGGGGAGAUUUAGUAGCAAUGUUUGAAUAAGUAAAGAAGUCAAAAUUUUCCAAGGCAGGAUCCAAUUUGGAUUUAUUUAAAUCUUGGAUUGUAAAGACCCUUUGGAGAUGGAGAUUCCAACAAAGGUUUCUCUUUCACCCCUGUAAGUGGUUUCAUCCAUAAUUUGACUUUAGUCCUGCCCUGAAUGGAUAGAACCUAGAAAUCUGAGACCUUUUUAAAUCAAAGCCCCAAACCAAAUAUUGGAUUGAUGCAUCCCCUACUUGCAAUAAGUCUUUGAUCCAUUCCUCCAUUUUGGCUUCUUAUUCUGUAGGAUUGUUGGAGAGGUUGGUUACUGUUUGGCUAUUACCAAUCUAGUGGGGGUCUAGAGCCGAAUGGUAGGAAUAAAUGUUAAUGGGGGGGCUAUAGCUGAAGGGUAGGAAUGCAAGCUAUUGGGGGUCUAGAGCCGAAUGGUAGGAAUAAAUGUUAUUAAGAGUCUAGAGCCGAAUGGUAGGAAUGAAUGUUAUUGGGGUCUGGAGCCGAAUGGUAGGAAUGAAUGUUAUUGGGGUCUGGAGCCGAAUGGUAGGAAUGAAUCUUAUUAGGGGUCUAGAGCCGAAUGGUAGGAAUGAAUCUUAUUAGGGGUCUAGAGCCGAAUGGUAGGAAUGAAUGUUAUUGGAGGGGCUAUAGCUGAAGGGUAGGAAUGCAAGCUAUUGGGGGUCUAGAGCCGAAUGGUAGGAAUAAAUGUUGUUGGGGGUCUAGAGCCGAAUGGUAGGAAUAAAUGUUAUUGGGGGUCUAGAGCCGAAUGGUAGGAAUAAAUGUUAUUGGGGGUCUAGAGCCGAAUGGUAGGAAUAAAUGUUAUUGGGGGUCUAUAGCCGAAUGGUAGGAAUUAAUGUUAUUGGGGGUCUAGAGCCGAAUGGUAGGAAUUAAUGUUAUUGGGGGUCUAGAGCUGAAUGGUAGGAAUAAAUGUUAUUGGGGGUCUAUAGCUAAAGGGUAGGAGUGCAAGCUAUUGGGGUUCUAGAACCAAAUGAUAGGAAUGAAAGUUAUGGGGAGUCUAGAGCCAAAUGGUAGGAAUGAAUCAACAGACCAGAAUAAAGGGAAACCAAGCCGAAUAUUUUCCUUUGUAUUCCCCGCAUCAUUGGCGUUCCGAGGGGUCGGCCAUUUUUUCCUUUGUAAAACUGCUUCUGCUAUUUAUUCUAUGUAUCGAUGUACAUUUCACUGAUUGGUCGCAGGAAGGAGCAGCGCAGGUGGAGAAGGGAGAGCUUUCGAGGUUACAGUGGGGCAAGGUUUUUAUUAUUUUUGUAUGGGGGUACAUUUUAGAAUAUUAAGCCCCCCCCAUGUACCUUAUAUUGGCAUUUUGUUGUAACUAUGUGUAACUGAUGCUUGUGGCAUAGCUGUAUAUGAAAUACAAAUAUGGGGGGGUCUCUGCCUGCCGCAGAUGGUCCAGCUCUCUCCGUUCGCCUCAUUUUUGUUUUUAUCGGUGCCCAGAAAAUUAAAGAGAAAUAAAUCAUUUAAACCUUUA